AUGCUGCGGGCCACACCCCUGCUGUGUGUAUGGGCGGCGGAGGCCGAUGAUGUCGGGGCGCCGGCAACGACAUUUAAAAACGUGCGGCCCGGCCGUCUCUUACGACUGUGGCGGCAAAUCCGACAGCGGGCGUGGGUGGCCUUCACGUGGGAUGAAGAGUGGACGAGUCCGGGGAGUGAAGGCUAUUUACAUCAGCAGCGAUUAGAACAGGUGUGUUUUGCUCCUCUCUCGGCGUAUGGAAUGGUGCCGGGCUCUUAUUGUGAUCCGUUAUUGUAUAAUACUAAACAUACAUCUCCUUUUCGAUGGCAUGUUGCGAAUACAGCAUCAGAUAUUGUGGGACAUUGGUAUAUGGAAGCAGAUGAGAUCUUUCGUAUUAAGGAUUGGCAACCAAAGAAUCCAGAUGAUCCAACAGAGAUGUUUCCACGACCUCCACAGCAAAUUUUAAAAUGGGAUGAAACUGUAGAUGAACAUGGGAAUCGUACCUUCCGUUAUAAAUAUCGUUAUGAUUUCAUGGGUCCAACAGGUAUGUGGGAAGCAUACCCACGUUAUCCCUUUUCUCAUUUAUAUCUUAAUGGACAAGAUCACCAUGGACGAGCAGAGGGUUACGGAUUUAAACAAGGUCAUCUCUUAAGAUGUAAUGAAGAGGAGGAAGAGGUAUUGCGUCGUAUUAUGGAAGAAGAAGAUAAGGAGUGGGAAAUGGUAAAACGCACAGAGGUGGUACAGGAACCAUGGUCAUAUCCAGGGAAGAUUCGACCACAAGAUUUCAAAGGUGCAGUGGAACGCGCAAAGGCACGUUUUAGAGAACAAAUUAAACAAGGAAAAGAAACAGAUCCUAGUGAGGAUCCAGAUUAUGAUUUAGUACAAGCAGGUGAAUAUGUGGAACCAAGAGAUGGUCCACGUGCAGAAUGGCGUCAUUUAUGGACAUCCAAUCGUAAUAAGGGUGAACCUUUACCAUAUCAGGUUACAUUUAAUGAUGGUAUUACGUUUGAGGAUAAUGAAGGAAAACCACCGGUACAUCCAGCAAGUCAUUAUGAGGAAAAACCAAAAGAGGCACCCUAUAAAAAGUAUGAGGAACAGGACACAAAGGAAGAGGAUGAAAAGCAGAAGAAAAUGAAAGCUGUAUGGGAUAAAUCUUUUAAAGAGUCAAUGGUGGACCAUAAUAAAAGAUAUGGUCCAAAUGGUCCAAAGAGUGAUACUUCUGGAAGUAGCAGCGGUCCCAGUACAAAAAGUAGUGGUCCCAGUCAUACACCUCCUGUAGCUCCAGAUUCUAGUUCUAAAGAUAAGAAAAAGUAA